UCGUGAGAUGAAUCGAAUGGGAAUGUUCGUAGAUAUUUCUCACGUCUCGGCAAAAACAAUGCACGAUGUUCUUGACGUGUCUACUGCACCAGUGAUUUUCAGUCAUUCCUCGGCGUACGCCCUGUGCAACAGUUCUAGAAAUGUACCAGAUGACGUCCUGGAGAAAAUGCCCAAAAAUGGUGGCGUUGUCAUGGUGAACUUUUACAACUGGUUCGUGACUUGUAAACCAAAUGCGACUUUGAAUGACGUUGCAGACCACUUCGAUCACAUCAAGAAAGUGGCAGGAAUUGACUAUGUGGGACUUGGAGGUGACUACGAUGGUGUGCCCAGCGUACCGACUGGWCURGAAGAUGUGUCCAAGUACCCUGAUCUACUGGAAGAGCUUCUCCGACGUGGUUACAGUGAUGARGACAUCAGGAAAAUUGCGGGCUUAAACUUGCUUCGAGCCAUGAAGAAGAUGGAACAGGUUGCCAAGGAAACGCAAUCACGUGUCAARCCCUACGAUAAYUUCAUAGCAGUGAACAAGACAUGCAGACCUUUGUUUAGCUUUCCUUACUAAAKAUYUAAUUWUAACUGCUGGCUAURAUUAUACAGUAUUUGGUAUAUUAUAUMAUUUUACAGUAUUUUUAUACCUUGUGAAAAUUGAAAUUGAAAUUGUGCGUGGUAGCCGGGACUUCCCAUUCUUUUAAUCUCAAAAAAAUACCAGAUACAUAGAUGCGCGGCCGGACUUUUGCAGCUUCAUUUUUACUGAUGCAAUAUGKCAGAUAAAAAUUCUAAUUAAAAAGAGCAUCUAAAAAA